AUGAAAACGUUGUGGAUUGCAUUUUGUGCAUGUCUCUUCAGCAUACAGGUACUUAUUGGUGGACUAGGCGGGAUGGAGAUCAUGUCGAUGCUCUCCGGAGGAGACCGAACGACAGCUGCAUUGGUUUCGACCAUUCUGCAGGGCGUAGCCUGCGGAACAUUCCUUUACAUAACGACAUUCGAAAUUCUUCCACAUGAGCUUGAGAAGACGGGCACCAGAUUGGUGAAGCUUGCAUGUUUAUUCAUUGGUGUCUCCAUAGUCGUUGCUUUCAUGCUUCUUUUUCCCGAUGCCGAUUGA